AUGCCAAAGCGCGGUCGACAGGUGGAAAUGCAGAGGGUUGUCCUGGCUGCCGAGGACGAUGAUAAUCUUGCUGCUCCGGUAACCCUCGCAUGCCCAUCGAAGACAGUCCAAUUUGCAAACCAUAUGAUCCUUGGUUCCCAAAUGGAGUUGUCAGAGAGAGACGAGUUGCCGAAGAAACUUCUCCGGGAAGAGGCCGGUCGUGCCUUCCGUCUCCAAGCCUCAGCGUCCAUGGAUAUGUGGCUGUGUAUGCGGCGUGCUAUCAAUGCUGCCAAGCGGGCCAAGAAGGUCUACGAGGAUGGUCGUGCGAAGGUCGCCGAAGCUGGCAAAGCACUCCAGGAACACGCUAAUCUACUUAAAGACAAAGAUGGGGGUGGCCCUGGAGGUUGCAGUAACGACGGCGAGGGAUGCCUAGGCCGCAAAGGAUGCGAUGCAUGUGGCUCUAGAGCAGUCAGAGCGAGCCAAAGCGGCGGAGAUCGAUGUUGCCAUCCAGGAGGUGAUCAGAAGCUACCAUUUGUCAACCGAGUUCUCCAUCCUGCUGGACAAGGAGGUGGGUCGGAGAUGACGGAUCUGCUUUACCGUUUCAAGCGGUACAAUCGUGGACGAAAGCUGAACCUUAACUUCAUCGCUGAUCCUCCUCCCCUACCGGAAGGCCUCACCGAGGAGAUGAUAGAAGACUACGAGGGGGAGGACGCCCUAUAA